AUGUCGAGGUUGCUGCAUGAUUGGCCAGUUUGGGACAGCAAGUCAGAGUACAAGUCGGCUCCUAAGGCACCAGCCUCGUUUGUCAAGGGAUACUCUGUCAUAUGCGGCGUGGUGGAGAAUUGGCAAACCACGUAUUCUUUUCUUUCUGACUUAAACAAUGAUGAAGAUGAUUGGAUGAUAACGAUCAGAGUUUGUAGAGUGUGGGAGUCUGUCAAUGCUAAAAAGAAUGGAGAAUUAAUUAGUAUGUAUAUGAUUUUUAUAGAUGAGAAGGCUAAUCUAAUGCAUGCAACAAUUAGGAAAAUUUCAGUGUCUAAGUUCAUGCACCUAUUGAGUGAGGGUUCUUUAUAUAGUGUAAAUAAUUUCAAAGUUGUUGCAAGCACAGGGCAGUAUAGACCACUUUCAAAUGACCAUAAAAUUAUUUUUUUGGUUUCAACUAAGCUUAAGAGGCUAGAAGAAGGAAUGAUGAACAUUCCAAUCAAUGAAUUCCAAUUCAUAUCUCCAAAUUUGAUUGAUUUGCGUGUUAAUGAUAGCACAAUCCUCUCAGAUGUUUUCGGAUGUUUAUGUGCUGUGGGCGAUGUUGAGAUUGUUGGAGGUGGUGAAGUUAGCUUCUCUACCACAAGUGCAAGUAAAAUUUACAUACAUCUUCAAAUAGAUUAUGUAACAUCAUUAAUCGAAAGAUUUUCCACCAUCUCUAAUGGUGUGAAAACUAUUGCAAGUUCUAAUAUGAAUAAGACUACUCUUGAGGAAGAUAUGUUCGUGAACAGGAUGACCAUUCAAGAACUAUUACAAGCUGAUUGGAGUGGUGAAUUGAAGGAAUAUAUUGUUACUCUGAGCCGCAAAAUUAUAGAAAUAGACAACUCAUUUGGAUGGUACAAAAUACAUAUAAAAGUCAUCGACAAAACUGCAAACACUACUUUGGUCUUAUUUAAUGUUGUGGCUGAAAACUUACUAGAUACAUCAGUGCACAAAUUGUUUAAUGAAUUGUCUUCAAAUAAUAAUGAUGUUCCUGCAGAGAUUCAAAGCCUUUGUGAGAAAGAUUUUGUUUACAAGUUGAGGUUGAAUGACUAUAAUUUAAAAGAGGGUCUUGAGAAUUUUACUGUAUCAAAGGUUUUCAUGCCAGAUGAGAAAUUGGAACAACAACAUCAAUUGAAGAAAGGAAAAAAUAAGGAUCCUCAUAAUGCCAAUGAUUUAGAAGAUUCUGAUGGAGAUUAUCACAAGAAAAAAAAGAGAAGAAACCAAAUGGUUGAUGAUCAUGAUGAAGUUAGUGAUGAUGGAAAUACUCAAUAA